UUGAGGUUUAGAUUAAUAUCAAUCCCUAAUCUUUCAUUUUUCUAAUUUGAUUUUUCCAAGAAUGUUUUGUUGCAAAUUCACAUAAUCUCAGACAUCAAAAAACCCUUAAAACACCUGUCAACAACAUUUCUUGAGCUGUCAAAAAACCAGCUGCUUCUGUUCAUAAUAAUUUUCAUAAAUUCUUUUAUCCACAACAACCCCCCCCCCCCCCCCCUAAAAAAAAAAAGGAAUAGUUUUUCACUCAAUCUCAGCUGGGGUUCCUGUAUUUUCUCCAUAGCUGUUCAAGAAAAGGGAAAAAAAUUACAAAAUGAAAGGUGGUAGGGGGCUUGAAGAAAUUUUAUAAAACAGCACUAGCAAAGCUUGCGCGCAUCUCGACUAUUCCACCAGGUACCUGCUAUUGCCUGCCAGUAUAGUACUGGGUUGUGCUUGAAAACCCCAGAAAGGGUACAAUCUUUUUGAGUUAAUGGAAGCAUGGUCAAGUUUAAAUGAUGAGUCUCAGGUUCAUAAAGGAAAUGGUGAGAGUGGUUCUGGUAUUAAUCUUACAGUAGAAUUAAAUGGCAUUGAUGGCUGUAGUAAGAAUAGGCUAAAGAGUUUGUUUGAUCAAGUUCUUUCUGUUUUUCUAAGUGAGGUAACUGAGAAAAAAUGUUUAAGGCCUCUUCCAGUUAUGACCAGUAGUGGGCAGCCUCUGGAUUUGUUUAAACUUUAUUGGAUUGUGAGGAAAAUAGGUGGAUAUGACCGUGUUUCGAGCAAGAAUUUGUGGGCUUUUAUUGCAGAGCAUUGUGGGUUGGAUGUUGGGGCUGUUGCAUUUGUGAAGUUGGUUUAUGUUAAGUAUUUGGCUGAAUUUGAUCAUUGGCUAAGGCAGUUUUGUAAAGAUGGAAACUUGGAGAAAGGAGAGGGUGGGGUUAUUCGCCGACUUGAUUUGUUGUCAAAGGAGUUGGAGACAAGGUUUAGGAGGUUGUUGCUCCGUAGGUGUCAGAAAAAGAAAGAUACUAAUUUGCUUCCUUCGAAAAAUGGUCAGGUUGAUUUUGAAAUGUUUACUGCUGAAAGUGUUAAUAAAACCAAUGAUCACACAACACGAAGAAGUUACAGUGCUGAAAACAGGAACGGUAACCUUUACAAUAGCGAUGAAAUAUCCGUUUCUAAGAUGGACGAUGACUAUGUUUUUUUGGUAUCUGCCGAGGGGAUUGUCGAGAAGGUCCUUUAUAAAGCACCUGACAAAUCAAAUAAUGAAUAUGAUGAUGACGAAAAUUUCUUUGCCCACGAUGGUAAAAAUAAAGUGACAUCUAACGGAGAGGUGAUUCAGAGAGCUGCAUCAGCCAAGAGUGUUAUUGAGAAUGUAUUUGAUUCUCGCAAGAGAAAAAGAGAAUCUUCAUGUUUCUCAGGAAUGUUGAAUUGGAUUAAUCACGCGGCAAAACAUUCGAAUGAUCCUGAAAUUGGAGAAGUUCCUGAAUCUUCCAAGUGGAAAGGUCAUACAAGCAACGAGUUCUGGUUCCAGGUCUUGUUGGUUAAGGAAGCACUGCUGAAGAGAAGGCAUAUUGAUACAAAUGCAGAGGAAUCUAACCCUCAGCAGAAGAAGCAGAGGAUGCAUCCGUCCAUGUAUGAAGAUGAAAGACUCAACAAUCAACCUGCAGAAAAACUAAGAUGCAGCAAAAGGAUCCCCGUUUCACCAAAACAUGCUCCUUGUCCAUGUUGUAACUCAUGUUCAACCUUGCAUAACAAAGCUGCUACUCAUCAGAAGGAAGAAGAAGAGGAUAUUAGGCCAGAUCUUACAAGCGUUGAGGUAUCAGUAACCGAAAAAAUUGAUGACUCGGGGGAUCAGCAAACACACCCUGAAGUUUCUGUGGGUCCUCUCCACCAAGCUGAAGUCCCUGAAUGGUCGGGGGUAAUUUCUGAGAGUGAUUCCAAGUGGUUAGGCACGCGAAUGUGGCCUCCCGAAGUGGAAACAACAAAAUCUUUGGUUGAGUUGGAUCCUAUAGGGGAGGGAAGACGAAGUUCAUGUGGUUGUCGAUUUCCACAAUCUGUUGAAUGCAUCAGGUUCCAUAUCGCAGAGAAGAGGUUUAAAUUGAAGCUCGAGCUCGGUCCUUUGUUCAACCGAUGGAGGUUUGAUCGCAUGGGAGAAGAAGUUUCACUUUCUUGGACAGCUGAAGAGGAAGAGAGAUUCAAAGAUAUGGUAAGGUCAAGUGCUAUGUCGAAUAACAAAUGGAAGAAUUCUAAGAAACUACUUCCAUCCAAGACUAGGAAUAUGUUGGUUAGCUAUUACUUCAAUGUAUUCCUUAUCAGACGUCGGAGCUAUCAAAACCGAGUUACUCCAAAAGAACUCGAUAGCGAUGAUGAUGAGAUUGAGCUUGGGUCUGUCGGCGACAGUUUUGGUAAUAUUGCAGUUCAUGUACCAAGCUCCAGGUCACUAACAUGCGUCGAGAAUAAGGCUUCUCUUUCCUCAUUUUUCACGUCCUCGCCUGCAACUUUUAAUCCACGCCCAGUAAGUCAACUCAUGUCUCCAACAUCAUCCAUUACCGAGAUUAACCAGCAAUUUGUUGCGCCUGAAGAUACAUUGAAAUCUAAUUUCGGGGAGUCUCCCAUGAAGAAGAAAAAGAGAAUCAAAUUUUCCAUUCCUCUAGCUCCAGUCAACAAAUUUUCUACAAAAAAUCUACAAAUAAACUACAAAUCAGUUUAAGUAUGUAUAAAGCAAUAUUGUUUUAAUGGUAUCUACAAAUUACUACAUUUAUACUAC